GCAGGUCUGGUGUCCAGUAAGCCCCAUAAUCCCCAGAAGAUCCUUGGCUACAGGAUACCUGCAGCCAGAGGCCCAGCCCCUGAGCUCGAGUCCCAGUCCAGGUCCUGUCAUGGCUUCUGAGUACGAGAUGGGCCACAUCCGCCAGCUGCAGGCUCGGCACACGCAUAUGCAGGAGAAGACUUUCACCAACUGGGUCAAUAACAUCUUUCGGGUCGGCCAGGUGGGUAUCAAGAUCCAAAACCUGUACACAGAGCUGGCCGAUGGCACUCGCCUACUACGGCUGCUGGAGCUCAUCUCUGGAGAGGCCCUGCCAGCGCCUAGCCGGGGCCGCCUGCGUGUGCAUUUUCUGGAGAACAACAGCAGAGCUCUGUCCUUCCUCAGGGCCAAGGUACCGAUACCCCUCAUUGGGCCAGAGAACAUCGUGGACGGAGACCAGACACUCAUCCUAGGACUCCUCUGGGUGAUCAUUCUGCGUUUUCAGAUUUCCCACAUCUCCUUGGACAGGGAGGAGUUUGGAGCCAGCGCAGCCCUGUUGUCAGCCAAGGAAGCUCUGCUGGUCUGGUGCCAGAGGAAGACAGCCGGCUACGCGAACGUGGGCAUCACUGACUUCUCUCGCAGCUGGAGCGACGGGCUGGGUUUUAAUGCCCUUAUCCACGCCCACAGGCCGGACCUGCUAGACUAUGGCUCCCUGCGUCCAGACUGCCCACUGCACAACCUCACCUAUGCCUUCCACGUGGCUGAGCAAGAGCUUGGCAUUGUUCAGCUGCUGGACCCUGAGGAUGUGGCCAGCCUACAGCCAGAUGAGCGCUCCAUCAUGACCUAUGUCUCCCUCUACUACCACUAUUUCUCUCGCCUACACCAGGGGCAGACUGUCCAAAAGAGACUCGCUAAGAUCCUGCUUCAGCUCCAGGAGACCGAGGUGCUACAGACCCAGUACCAGCAGCUGGUGGCUGACCUGCUCCACUGGAUCACAGAGAAGCAGGCACAACUGGAGAUGCGGAACUUUCCAGACUCACUGCCUGCCAUGCGCCAGCUACUGGUGGACUUUGCCUCCUUUCGUGCUCAGGAGAAACCACCUCGGCUGCAGCAGCGAGGGGCCACAGAGGCCCUGCUCUUCAAGCUGCAGACAGCGCUCCGAGCCCAGAACCGCAGGCUCUUCCUGCCUCAGGAGGGCCUCAGCCCUGAAGAGCUGUCCCAGCGCUGGGCAGGGCUAGAGCGAGCAGAGGCUGCCCGGAGCCAGGCCCUGCAGCAGAGGCUACUACAACUGGAGCGUCUGGAAACACUGGCCCGUCGCUUCCAGCGCAAGGCAGCCCUCCGGGAGAGCUUUCUAAAGGAUGCAGAGCAGGUGCUGGACCACGCCAGAGCCCUGCCAGCCAGCCCAGCCACAGUAGAGGCAGCCACCCAGAGGUUGGGCAUGCUGGAGGCUGGCAUCCUGCCCCAGGAGGGGCGCUUCCAGGCCCUGGCUGAGAUCGCAGACAUCCUCCAGCAGGAACACUAUCAUGACUGGGCAGAUGUGGCCCACAGGCAUGAGAAGAUCACACAGCGCUGGAAAAGACUCCUUCAGCAUCUACAGGAGCACAGGAAGCAGAUGACAGGUGUGCAGGCUGUGCUAAGCCUUCUGCAAGAGGUGGAGGCUGCCUCUGACCAGCUCCGGGAGCUGCAGGUGCCAGCCAGCUCCAUGACCUGUACACAGCAUCUGGCAGAAGUAGUGGAGCUGCUUCAGAGACAUGACCUGUUAGAGGCCCAGGUCUUUACCCACGAGGCCCAUGUGAGUCGUCUUGCCCAUCAGACUGCAGAGCUGGACUCCUCCCUGGUCACCAGUGUAGACAUGCUGCAGGUCAAAGCCAAAGCUGAAUCAUUAGCCCAGCUCUACCAGAACCUGAUGUCUCUUGUCAGGGACAGGCGGACUAUGCUGGAGCAGACCCAACAAUGGGCAGAAUUCCUGAACAACUGUGAGGAGGAGGAGGCCUGCUUGAGAGAACUCAGACAGCAGGUGGAGAAUUUGUCCCUGGGAGGGGACCUCAGUCAGAUCUCAGUCACCCUGCAGAAACACAAGGCCCUGGAAGCCAAGCUCCACCGCCACCAGGCUGUGUGCGUGGACCUCGUGAAGAGGGGGUGCGACUUCAGCGCCCGCGGAUCCUCGACGCAGCAGGAUCCCAGGGAGCGGGCAGAGGCGGUGCAGAGAGAGUGGCAGCUGAUCUGGACUAGGUUGGAGAAGAGGGGCUUGAGGCUGCACACAUCCCUGCUUUUACGGCAGUAUUUCGCCGACGCUGCGGAAGCGGCUGCGUGGCUGCGCGAACGGCGGCACGAACUGGAGACUGCGUUUUGUGGGGAGGAUCAGGCGGCAGCCGAGGCCAUGUUGCUGCGCCACCAGCGGCUGGAGCGCGCCGUGCGCUCCUUCGCAGCCGAGUUGUCCCGGCUGGACGAGCAAGCGCGGGCCGCCGCAGCGCGGGCGUCACUCAGGGUGCGCGCCAAGACUGGGAAGGGUGACUCAGACUUGUGCGCUUCCAAGACCAAAUGUGAGGAACCCUCAGAAUGCUGGAGCAGGAUUGAUGAAGAGACAAUUGGGAGACCCCAGAAUGGGUCCCAAAUCUUAGCAACACCAGCCAGCCAGCACCCAUGCCCCCAGGGCCAGAUGCACUUUGCCUCCAAAGGGCCAAGGCUUACCUGGCUCUCAGAAGUGACCCUGGACACCCCUGAGCUGAAGGACUGGGGAGAAUGCCAAGCCAAGGUGCCCAUCAGCCAUGGCGUGGAGCAGGAUCCCCAGGUGGUGUCUUCCCUGAGCCCUCCAGGGAAAGGUCCAAGCAUGACUCUCUCUGCUGAGUCUGACCUUGAUUUUGACCCCAACACCGUUCUCCAGACACAGGACCACUUGAGCCAGGACUAUGAGAGCCUGCGGGCUCUGGCAGAGCUCCGCAGGGCCCGGUUGGAGGAGGCAGUGGCUCUCUUUGGCUUUUACCACUCCUGUGGGGAGCUCCAAUCCUGGCUAGAGGAGCAGACUGUGCUGUUCCAAAUGCUGCAGCCGCAGGCCAACAACUUGGAAAUCAUGCAGUCCAAAUAUAAGAACUUCCUCUUUGCCCUGGCUGUGAGAAAGGGCCACUGGGCUGAGAUCAACAGCUCUGCUGAGCAACUGAAACAGAGAUGUCCUGGGGACUCCACAAAAAUCCAGCGUCAACAAGAGGACCUGCACCAGAGGUGGGGCCAGCUAGAGGCCCUGAAGAAGGAGAAGGGCCUGCAGCUGGCACACAGCAUGGAAGUGUGCAGUUUUCUGCAGGAAUAUGGACACACACAGGUCCAGCUGCAGGACGUUCUACUCCAACUGGAGGCCCUGGAGCCAGAGAGCUCUGAGGCCAGUCACUGUGCCCUGCAGCUGAGCCAGCAGAAGGUCCUGGUGCUGGAGAAGAGGAUCCACUACCUCCAGAGAGUAGCUGUAAAGGUGGAGGAGUUAGGCCCUGCAGAGAGCCAACCCCUGCAGGAACAGAUGGAGGUGCUCCAGAGCCUGCUGAAGAAAGCACAGGGACAGGUGACCCAACAGAACCGGGUGUGGGCUGAGGCUCGAGCCUGGCAGAGGUUCCUGAAGGAGAGCCAGCAAUUGCUGCUGUGGGCAGAGGGUAUCCAGGCUCGACUGUGCGACGAGGAGGAGUUGGUGGAUGCAGCCUCAGGCCAGCGGCUGCUGAAGAAACAUGGAGAGCUGCAGGAGGAGAUCCACUUGCAGCAAGAAAGGUUACAGCAGCUGGAAGCUCAGGGCAUGACCAUGGCAGCCUUGGACUCCCCACAUUCCCAUGAGGUGGCCAGUGCUCUGCGGCUUCUGGGCCACUGUGGCCAGGAGCUGAAGGCUGCAUGGGAGCAGAGACAGCAGAGGCUGUGGGAGGGACUGCAGUUGCAUAUGUUUGGCCAAGAAGUGGAUGGUUUCAUUGCCACCUGUGCCAACCACAAGGCCUUCCUGUGCCUGGACAACCUGGGGGAAGAUGUGAGGGAGGCCCAGAGCCUGCUACAGCAACACCAGGCCUUUGGGUGGCUCCUGGGAGCCCUGCACCUUCGAGCAGAGGCUCUGCAGGCCCAUGGCAAGAAGCUAGUUCAGAACAAACAUCCUGCUGCGCCCAGGGUCAGAGAGAAGCUGCAGAGUGUCCAGGUACAGUGGACCAGAGUCCAGGAGAGGAGUGAGCAGAGGAGAGGGCAGCUGUUGGCUUCCCUCCAGCUUCAGGAAUGGAAGCAGGACGUGGUGGAGCUGAUGCUGUGGAUGGAGGAGAAGUGGUCAGUGGCAGCACAUGAGCCCUCCCGAGCACCCAGCAGCAUUCUGCGGAAACUCAGGCGGCAUGAAGCAGUUGAGAGGGAGCUGAUAGCCACCCGUGGGCAUAUGGAGGACCUGCAACAGGCUGGGAGAGAGCUAUUGUGCAGCAGUCCGCAUGCCCAGGAAGACAUACAGUCCAGGCUUCAGGGCCUGGGGCACAAGUGGGAGGAGUUGAAUCGCAAGAUGGCAGAGCGUGGGGAUGCGCUUCAGCAGGCUAGACAGCAGGAACAGCUCCUGGGACUGCUGCAGGAUGCCAAGGAGAAGAUGGAACAGCUAGAGGGAGCCCUGAAGAGUGCAGAAAUGGGGUCCAACCUGUGUUCAAUCCGAAGGCUGCAGAAACAGCACUGCCAAUUGGAGGAUGAAAGGCAGGCACUGGGCAGCAAGAUGGCUACCCUCAUCUCCCAGGCCCAUAGUGUGGUCACUUCCCAGACCAUCCUAGAGGAGAUCCAGAAGUGCCAACAGAGGUUCAAGUCCCUGCAGAGCCAUCUGGUCACCCAGUGCCUACAGUUGCAAGCCUCAGUUGAGCUGUAUGAAUUUGACCACCUGAGCAACCUGGAGCUCACAUGGGUGGCUGAGCACAUGCCCAGGACCAGCCCUACCAGCUACACCCAGUGCUGGGAUAGUGCCCAGAGCCUUCAACAUAAGCACAAGGAACUCCAAGCAGAGUUGAGAGCCCACCAAGGGCAGGUGCAACGGGUGCUAUGUUCCGGCCAGAACCUUGCAGCUUCUGGGCACCCCCAUGCUCAGCACAUCAGGGAGCAGUGCAAGGAGCUGGAAGGCCGUUGGGCAGAGCUGGAGCAGGCAUGUGAGGUGCAGUCACGCUGCCUGCAGCAGGCCAUCGCUUUCCAACAGUACUUUCUCCAUGCAUCAGAGCUGGAGGGCUGGGUAGAGGAGAAGCGGCCACUGGCAAGCAGUCAGGACUAUGGCAGGGACGAGGCAGCUACCUUGGAACUCAUCAGGAAACACCAGGUGCUGCAGGAGGAACUAGCUCUUCAUUGGAGCUCCAUGGAGAAACUUGACCAGAAAGCUCAAACCCUCUCUGGUCCAGAGGCCCCUGAGCAGCUGGGUGUGAUGCAGGAGAGGCUCCGGAAACAGUUGUGGGUGCUACAGGAGCUGGUAGCCUCACGGGGUCGAGAGCUGGAGUGGACCCUGAAACUGCAUGAGUUCAUGUGGGAGGCUGAGGAUCUGAAGAGUUGGCUGGCCAGCCAGAAGCAGGUGGCCAGAAGGGAGGAGAGCCUUGGAGAGGACUAUGAGCACGUGCUGCACCUCUGUACCAAAUUUGCAAAGUUUCAGCACCAGAUGGAGAUGGGUGGCCAGCGGGUGGCAGCCUGUCAGCAGCUGGCAAAGAGCCUGCUGGAACAUGGCCACAACACUGCCCACAAGGUCCAUCGGAAGCAGCAGGAACUGCAGGCUGCCUGGUCAGAGCUAUGGGAGCUGACCCAGGCUCGAGGCCAACUGCUCCAAGAUGCCAAGACCACCCUCAGAGUUCAUGGAGAUCUGCUGGAGGCCCUUACCCAGGUCCAGGAGAAAGCCAUGAGCCUCCCCAGUGAUGUGGCCCAGGACCUACAUGGGGUGGAAGCCCAACUGAGGAGACAAGAAGGUCUCGAGCAUGAGCUUGCGCUCUCUGAGCAGCAGCUGCAGAAACUGCUGGAGGCUGGAGGGAGGGUGCAGAAGCUGUGUCCAGGGCCUCAGGCCCGUGCCAUGCAGCAGAGGCAGCAAGCUGUGACACAGGCCUGGAAGAACCUGUGGUUGCAAGUGGAACAGCGCAGGGCCCACCUGGAGCGGGCAUGCCUCCUGGCCCACUUCCACACAGCAGUGUGGGACUACACUUCCUGGGCAGCCAGAAUGAAGCAGGAACUGCAGGCGGAAGAGAGCUCCCAGGGGCCCAGCAGCAGCCUGCUCAAUCUCAAGACUCACCAAUGGCUUCAGGCAGAGCUGGAGUCCCGAGAGGAGCUACGACUGCAGGCCUCCCAGUUGGGCCAGCAGGCACUUCUGGCUAUAGGGACACCCACCAAGGAGGUCCAGGAUGGGCUACGAGCCCUGCAGGAAGAGCGAGACCAUGUGUUUCGGGCCUGGUCACAGAAACAAGAGAGGCUACAGGCUGUGGAGCAGGAAGAGCUCCUCCUCAGACGGUGCCAGCACCUGGAGAAGAUCCUCAUGGCCCAGGAGAUAUCCCUGAAAACCGGUGCCCUGGGCAGCUCGGUGGAAGAGGUAGAACAGUUGAUCCAUAAGCAUGUAAUCUUCCAGAAGGUGCUGACUGCCCAGGACAAGAAGGAGGCACUUCUGUGUGAGCAGCUGAAGGUGCUCCCAGGCACCAAGAGACAGGACUUGCUUCACAGCAUACUGGAGCACGGGGCUCUAGUGAAGGAGCUGGCAGAGAGCCGAGGACACGCCCUGCAGACCUCCCUGCUGAUAGCCAGCUUCACCAGGGCUGCAGGCCAGGCUGAGGACUGGAUUCAGGAGCGGGCACAGCAGCUGAGAGAGCUGAUCCCUCCUAGGGACCUGAAAGAUUAUUUGAAGCACCUCCAGAUACACAAGGCCUUUGAGUCUGAGGUCCAGGUCCACCAGCAGGUCAUGACUUCAGUUGCCAAGCAGGGGGAAGCUCUCCUGGCACAGAGCCACCUUCAGGCAGGAGAGGUUGCUCAGAGGCUACAGGUGCUGCAGAAGCACUGGGAGAAGCUGAAGCAGAUGGUGGCUCUCCGGGGCCGGGACCUGGAAGACAAGCGGAACUUCCUGGAGUUCCUGCAGAGAGUGGACCUUGCAGAGGCCUGGAUCCAGAAAAAGGAGAUGAUGGUGAACACGGGUGACCUGGGCCAGGACCUGGAGCACUGCCUGCAGCUUUGCAGAAGGCUCCGUGAGGUCCGAAGUGCCACGGCCAGGGACACAGUGGGUGACACCUACAUCAGGAGCAUCAGUGACUUAUCACUGCAGCUCAAGAACCAGGACCCUGAGGAGGUCAAGACCAUCUGCCAGCGGCGAAGUCAGCUCAACAACAGGUGGGCGAGUUUCCAAGGCAACCUGCUCCAGUAUCAGCAGCAGCUUGAAGGGGCCCUGGAGAUACAUACAUUGUGCAGAGAGCUGGAUGACAUCACUGAGAGGAUUGGGGAGAAGGGAUCCCUGAUCCAGACCCUAGAGGGUCAGAAAGAUCUGGAGAGCAUUCAGAAGCUGAUGUGGAAACACAAGGUGCUGGAGCAGGAAAUGGACCUCAUCCAGGUUCAGGUGGAGUCCCUUGAGCACAAAGUGGGCCACCUCUGCCAGAGAAGACCUGGGGCAGCCCAUGGCCUCAGUCACAAGAAGCAAGAGAUGAUGGGCAGCUGGUGGCAACUCCAGAGCAGAGCCCAGAAGUGGAAGGAGUUGCUGGAUUCCCUGCACCAAGCUCAGAAGCUCCAGGCACUGCUGCAGGAAUUGCUGGUCUGGGCCCAGAGGCUGAGGGCUGAGAUGGACCUGCGAGGUGCCCCUUGCAGCCCUGCAGGAGCCAGACACAUGCUAGAUGAGCACCAGGCACGCAAGGCUGAGAUAGAUGCCCGGAGAGAUAGCAUCAGUCUGGUUCAAAGCACUGGGCAACGCCUCCUUGCAACUGGGCACCCAUCAGCUCCUGGCAUUCGGCAGGCCCUGGCUGCUUUAGAACAGGAGCUGAGUGGCCUGCAAGGAGCUUGGCAGGAGCACCAGCGGCAGCUGCAGCAGGCCCUGGAGCUGCAGCUAUUUCUGAGCUCUGUGGAGAAGGUGGAAUGUUGGCUAUACUGCCAGGAAGUUUCCCCAAUCAGUGAGGGUGUUGGGGACUCUUUGGCCAAUGUGGAUACCCUCCUAUGGAAGCACAAGAGGCUUGAGCAGGGCUUGAAGGUACAGAUGGAAAAGAUCAGCACACUGGAGGCCACAGCCCACAGCCUACAGCAGGGUGGACAGCCAGAGGCCCAGAGUGCCCUGACCAAGUGGCAGGCCAUGCUCCUGAGGAAAGAAGCACUGGUGGAGCGAGUAAGGACCCGGGGUCGUCAGCUGGAGGAGUUGCAGCAGCUGCAAACCUUUCUGCAGGAUUCGCUUGAGCUGGCCACGUGGCUGAGGGAGAAGAACCUGGUGGCUUUGGAAGAAGGUUGGCAGGACCCAGCCAAGCUGCAAGCACAGUUAUGGAAGCAGCAGCAUUUCCAGGCUGAGCUGGAUGCGAGUGUUCCCCAACAACAGGAGCUGCAGAAGGAGGGGCAGAGACUGCUUCAUGGGGGCCACCCAGCCUCAGAGACCAUUCAAGAGCAGCUUCAGGAACUGGAAGAGCUCUGGGCUGAGCUGCAGGCCAACUGCCAGAGGAAAGUCACCAAGCUGCAGAAGGCCUGUGAGGUCCUACAUCUACAGAAGAGUGUAGAGGAGCUGGAGAGGGGGCUGGAGCCCAUUGAGGGCCAGCUGAAAGCCCCUUUCACAGGCCAGAACCUAUCUGGGGUAGGCAAGCUCCUGGGGGCACAGGGGGAACUGGAAGUAGCCCUGGACAUGCAGACCAGGCAGGCAGAGGCCCUACUGGGUCAGGCCCAGACCUUCAAGCGGGAUGGCUACUGCCUCGCCAAAGACGUGGAAGAGCAGGCCCAACAGCUGCUUCAGAGGUUGCAGAGUCUUCGAGAGCCCCUGCAGGAGCGCAGGGCAGCCCUGGAGGCCCAGAGCCUCCUCUUAAAGUUCUUCAGAGAUGUUGAUGAGGAGAUGGCCUGGGUGCAGGAGAAGCUGCCCUUGGCCACUGCCCAGGAUUAUGGCCAGAGCCUGAGUGCUGUGCGGCACCUGCAGGAGAAGCACCAGAACUUGGAGAGUGAAAUGAGCAGCCACAAGGCUCUGACCCAGGUGGUGGUAGGCACAGGGCGUAAGCUGGUGCAGGCUGGGCACUUUGCUGCCCAUGAGGUGGCUGCCCGGGUGCAGCAGCUGGAGGCAGCCUUGGACCAACUGCAAGCAGAGAUGGCACGGAGGAGACUGUUGUUGCAGCAGGCCCAGGAGGCCCAGCAGCUUCUGAUGGAGCUCCUGGAAGCAGGAUCCUGGCUGGCCGAACGGGGCCAUGUCCUUGACAGUGAGGACAUGGGCCAGAGUGCUGAGGCCACACAGGCCCUUCUGCGUCAGCUGGAGGCCACCAAGAGAGACCUGGAGGGAUUCAGUCAGCGCAUGAAGCAGCUGCAGCAGUCAGCAGCCCUUCUGGACAGCAGGCAGAACCCAGACAGCCCCAAGGUGCUGGCUCAGCUGCAAGCUGUGAGCAAGGCCCACGUGCAGCUGCUCCGGAGGUUGGAGGGCAGGGGGCAGGGCCUGCAGGAGCAGCUACAGCUCCACCAACUGGAGCAAGAGACCCUGCUCCUCGAUGCCUGGCUGACCACAAGGGUGGCCAUCGCUGAGUCCCAGGACUAUGGGCAGGACCUGGAGAGUGUCAAGGUGCUGGAAGAGAAGUUUGAUGCUUUCAGGAGGGAAAUCCAGAGCCUGGGGCAGGUCAAAGUGCAGGCCCUGAAGGAUCUGGCAAGGCCCCUGGAGAAAGGAGCGCCUAGGUACUAUCCCCAGAUUCAAGCCCAGAAGUGCCGCAUUGAGGCCACUUGGGAGAAACUGGACAGGACAAUCAAAGUACGUACAGAGAACUUGGUUGCAGCCCGAGAGGUCCGUGGCUUAGAGAAGGCAGUUACAGAGCUUCAGGGCUGGAUGCAGGAGAAAACUGCCCUGAUUGAGGGAAAGAUCCAUAGCCACUGCCUGUCAUCUGUGCAGUCCUUGCAGCCCCAGCACAGGGGCCUGCAGAGAGAACUGGCGGCUAUCAAAAAGGAGUUGGCACGGGUACAGAUGGAAACCUGCAGACUGGGACAGUGGCACCCUGAGGCUCAAGAGGGCCUGGCCACGCAGCUGGCCAAGGUGCAGAAGGCCUGGGCCACCCUGGAGGCGAAGGCACAGGAGUGGGACCAGCAGCUGGCACAGGCUGCCCAAGGCCAUGCCUUCCUUGGGCACUGCCGGGAAUUACUAGCAUGGGCUCAGGAGAGGAAGAUGCUGGUGUCUUCCCAGGAGCUGGCUGGGGACAUGGUGGGGACUGAGCAGCUUCUUGGGCAGCAUGAGGAGCUGCAGCAAGAAAUCCAGGAGCAUUGCCUUCAAGCCCAGGACAUACAAAAGGAAGGACAGAAAAUGGUGGAAAAUGGCCACUUUAUGUCCCUGGAGGUGGCAGAGUAUCUGCAGGACCUGCAUUGGCAGCUGCAGGAGCUCCAGGCAGAGUGGACCCUGUGCCAGCAACGCCUCAAACAGACCUGGGAUCUGCAGAAGCUGAGGCAGGGUGUAGAACAGGCAGAUGCCUGGCUGGCUUCCAGGGAGGGCCUCUUGCUGGAGCCCAGUUUUGGGCACUCAGUGUCAGAUGUAGAGCUGCUGCUCCACAGACACAAGGAUUUAGAAAAGCUGCUGGCAGUUCAGAAGGAGAAGUUUGCCCAGCUGCAGAAGAUGACAGAGGAGACAAAGAGUACCCCUGCCAUGAAGGGGUCUCUCGAGCUUAAGCAGCAGCUCCUGCCUGGGGGGAAGGUGCAUGAUGCCAGCUCCUGGGACAGUUGCUAUGGGGCCUUGGAAGGCAGCUCUCUAAGGUUAUUCUUGGAUGAGAGGAUGGCAGUAGAGAAAGUGGCUUCCACUGUCCCCCUUGACCUUGAGGGAGCCCAGUGUGAGAAGAUGAAGGACUACCAGGGCAGGAAGCACGUGUUCUCCUUAAGGCUGAGCAACGGGGAAGAGAUCCUGUUUGCAGCACCAUCUGAAGAGCAGGCUGAGCGCUGGCGGCAAGCCCUGGGCAGUGCAGCAGCCCAGAAUCUAAGCCUGGAACCCAAGGCCAGACUCCUGGCAGAGAAUACAGCUGCUUUGCUCAGAUAUGACUGUCACCUCCCAGAACCUCACUCCACUUUGGCUCUGCCUGCCCCAUCCUCCACAUUGAGCCAGACCCAGCAGAUGGCCAGCUCUGCCACAGAGGCUGUAUAAGACCUUUCCUGCUCCAGCCAGCCCCAAGGGAGGAGGCCUGGGCCUUGAAGUGAACCCCAGGGCAAUACCAAACCUCCAGGUGCCACGUGAAGACUCUAUCUGGGGAACCAGUGACAACUAUCAGCACAAGGACAUCCCUACCCUGGCUGCUUCUGGGAUAGACAGUUCCUGUUAGAUGUAUCCCAUCAUGAUCACAAGCUGCUAGUUAUCUCACUGUUA